AUUUGCCUCCGCUUGCCACCCAACGGACCAGCAACUACGGGUUGAUGGCGACAGUCAACUUGUCGCAUUCAUCCACUACUCGACCUCGAGCGCCAUGCGCACACGGCCAUUAACACACACCUUUUGAGCACGUCGACUAGUCCGGCAAGAUGAUGGGCCUACCGCCCCUUCCUAAUGAUCCAUAUCUGGAGUUCCAGCCAGCGUUCGCCUACACGCUCCCCGUCCAGAUCCUCCUCACCGGCAUUACCCUCACACUCCUCGUCAUCCUCCUCAUCCAUCUCCUCUUUACUACACAAUACCACUAUCCCCUAGCGCCGCUCAAUUACUGCCUCCAGCUGGCGAGCGUCAUCGCAGUACUGCUUGGCGUCAUCGUCCGUGUGUACAUCAUCAUGGCCCAUCUCGGCGCCAAGGGCGACCGAUGGCCAUAUACGCUCGACUAUGUCGCCGUACCUGUACCCCAACCCAAAUGGAACCAGGCUCAGGAUGCUGCGUGGCAAACUCUGCUCGCCGUCAGCAACGGUCUUGCCAAUAUCACACACAUCCAGUUCCUCACUCUUCUAUAUCCCUCACGCACCGAGGCGCGUCUUAUAUUCAUCGCUCUCGGCCCCCUCGCCAUCGCGUCCUCCGCGCUCUACUUCUGCACGCUCUCCAACCACUCGCGCGUGAUCGACAUGGGCGACGCAAUCCGCGCAGUCUUUAGCUGUACGCUCCUCGUCAUUUUCUCGCUCGCGCUCUUUAUCUGGGGCUUCUUCGUGAACCGCGGCCGCGCAUGGCGCCUCGACGGCGGCACAGCGGUGUUUGGCUCCGGCGCGCUCGGCCUCGCGCUCGUCACGACGGCAAGCUCCUUCGUCGCCGUCAAGGAGGAGGAGCUGGUCGACUGGCUGCAGCACCUCAUCUGGGCUGCGGUGCUGUGGCAGACGUGGCUUGGGUGGUGGUGGUGGGUCGGCGCGGGCAUGGGCAUCGGCGAAGUCGAAGAUAUCAUGGAGCGAACGCUGCGUAAGCGGCGAAAGGCGGCGCGGCGUGCACACACAAGACAGGUCAUGGCCACUGCCAACGGGGAAGAACCACCGCGGCGGCAGCAGACAGUCGCGGGCGCGAUCAAGACGGGCACAAACGCUGUUGUUGGCUUCACCUCCAGUUUAGCCCACUUGCGGACAAGCGCAGCUGGUAGCGCGCCAGGCUCUGCAGCGUCGGCUGCCGGAGCACCGGAGGGCAGUGCGGGCGGUGGCAGCCUCGCUCGCGUGCGGAUGCGCCGCGCGCGGCCUCGUCGCGACGUCGAGGAAGGCAUUUCGGAUGGCGAGGUGGCCGGGGAGGUGAUUGAGCUCGGUACUGUGCGCGUAGAGGAGCCACCAGCGCAGAGUGAACAUUCUGGCGCAUCAGGCGGCCGCCAGCCACAAAGCAGCAACAGCAACAGCGACACGAGCAGCACGUCGCGGACGCCAUCGUUGCACGCGCCACGCUCCGUCGCCGAGUUCGUCGCGUACCCCGCCACGUGGUUGCAGGUGUACAUCCGCCGACUGCGCAAGGCGCACGAAGAGGCGACGCGGCGGCGCGCCGUCGAGCAAGCGGAGCGGCGCGCCCGUGUACCAAACAUGGCGGCGAGUGCAGACGACGGGUGGGGCCUCGGGUCCUUUGGCAUCCGCGAGCACCAGUUGCGCGCGGACGUGCUGCUCGAGGAGGACGGGGAGGACGAGGAGGAGGAGGACGAGAUGGUGCGGCAUGCGCGCACGUCUGCGCGCGGGAGCGUGCGCACGAGCCGGCGCAAUUCUGUCGCGCACCGCUCGUUCAGAGGCGAGGCGCAGCCGCAGGCGCUUCGCGAGCACGAGCUCGAGCACGAGCACGAGCACGACGACGGCGAGUGGGAGGACGUGCCGGACGAGCAGCCGCGGCGGAGAGACAGCCAGCGCUCGCGUGCGUCGCGGCGUGCGCGGGACGAGGUGCCCGCGCCCGCCCGC